CAGUAUUAUGUUGAAAGCUGAAGGGUCGGGGAGUGCGCGAAACCGCUCCGAUGCGAAUCCAUUUGACCUGUGUCCGUGACCUCGCGUGGUGUCCGUGGCGAUCCAUAGGUGCGUGCUAGUGACCUUGAGGUGCGGAGAGGAGCGAAGGGCGUGGUGGAUACGGAAUUAAGGAAACACGGGCGACAAAACACCACACACGUGCGAGACAACACGAUGCCAAACACACGACUCAAACAGGAAUAAGAGGAGGAGGAAGAAAAGAAAAUGAUGAAUAGAAAAGAAAUGAACUAUUACAACGAAAGAGGAAGAAGCGGAGGCGGAGGCGGAGGAGGAGGAGGAGGAGGAGGAGGAGGAGACGGAGGGGGUAGAUACAAUAGCCUGGACUAUUGCAACUAUCCCACAGCCCCACGGAACUAUCCCUUGAAGUACCAGGACACGAGUGGCAGCCGUGGCAACAACAACAGCAGCAGUAGCACCGCCUUGACGUACCCCAACGCGCCGCCGUACCACAAUGAACCGCAAUACUUCACGAAUAACCAAACUGGCGGCCGAUCCGAAGGGCGUGACCGAAGAGACAUGACCAGGGACACUCAGAGAGGCUACCCAAGUGACCGUCGAAGUGUGCACAACGGAUACACUUCAAAUUACGGUAGUUUAUCCCGCCAGCCACCGCCGUACGAAGAGAGGGCUGUGUCAAACGUAUCCACACUUACCAAUCCGAAGCACCGGUACCAGAAGACGGCUGAGGACUACCACCACGCAUACAGAGGUGGAUACAGGCCCAGUGGUGCGGAUACAGACGGAUACACAACAGAUGGAAGCGGAUCUCUGGGUUAUAGAGACACGGCUGGCAGUAUCCGGGGAUUUGAGAAUUUUAGGUAUCCGGAAAGUGAAGCGCUUUUACCCGGAAGGUACCUGGAUGGACAUACGUAUCCGAGAGGUAAGAGGCGCCAGGAAGACAUUGACUGCACUAGAAUCAGCCAGCAGUCAUGUGAUGGAGGAGGCGGAGGAGGAGGAGGAGGAGGCCGAGGAGGAGGGGGAGAGAAAGAACCGUUCCUGGGGGGUGGAACCUGUGCGCCUCACCCCCUCCUGGGAGAGCACCAAUGUCCCUUCAGAGGAGCUUAAUUUUAAAGGCUUAAAUACCUUUGAAAAUUUUGAAAUGGGGGUGGAUCCUCCUAAAGACAGGUACCGCCUUGUGUUCCUGACCUUAGUACUGCAUGGAGUCGGAACACUGAUGCCUUGGAAUAUGUUCAUCACUGCCAAGAACUACUUCGUUGAAUACAAGCUGGCCACUGCAGACGAGGACCUGAACACCUAUGCCACAAAUUUCCUACCCUACAUCGGAUACGCCUCGCAGAUUCCUAAUGUUAUAUUCAACUGGCUCAAUAUUUUCAUUCAAAUGGGGGGCAACCUGACGACUCGUAUUGUGUGGAGCAUCCUGGUGGAGGUGGUGGUGUUUGUGGUGACGGUGGUGCUGGCCAUGGUGGACUCCUCUGAUUGGCCGGGAGUGUUCUUCUGGAUCACCAUUGCUUCUGUUGUUAUCUUGAAUGUUGCCAAUGGGAUCUACCAGAACACGGUGUAUGGGAUGGCUGCCCGUCUCCCAUUCAGCUACACGGGGGCGGUGGUGCUGGGGUCGAACAUCAGCGGCACCUUCACAGCCAUCAUCAACAUCAUGGCAAUAGCAAUGGCCCCCAACACCAGGACCUCUGCGAUCUACUACUUCAUCACCGCCCUGUUUGUUCUGCUGGCCUGUUUUGACACUUAUUUUGCCCUGCCCCUCAAUCGUUUCUUCCGUUACCACGAGGCGAUGCACGAUAGGGCGAAAAAAUCAUCAAAGAACGACAGAAGGAAGCCGAGGACUCCUUAUUGGCACAUCUUCAAGUCUGCCUUCCCUCAGCUGUUCAAUGUAUUCAUGGUCUUCUUUGUGACUUUGGCGGUUUUCCCUGCAGUCCUGGCAGAUACAUGCCGGACUGAGGAGAAUUUUCCUAUCACGCCUAAAUAUUAUCAAGCUGUCACCUGCUUCCUGACCUUCAACAUGUUUGCCAUGCUGGGGAACAUGCUGCCAGCCCUCUUCACUUGGCCCAGCCCAAGGUUUCUGUGCGUUCCAGUGCUCCUACGACUGUUCCUCAUCCCAGCAUUUGUUUUGUGUCACUUCUACCCAGUCAAGGCAGUCAGGAUUAUGCCAGUGCUUAUAGACUCUGACUGGGCUUACUGGGCCUUGUCGGUAGUACUCGGCGUUACAUCAGGGUACUACAGCUCUCUGGCAAUGAUGUACUGCCCUAGGACCGUGGAGCCCGAACACGCCCCAGUGGCAGGCAUGAUGGGAGCUGCUUCUCUCAUCACCGGCAUUUUCAGUGGCAUUGUGUUCCAGAUUGUGUGUACGUACGCAGUAACCAAUAUAUCGUUUGAGAUUCCUGGGUACGAGUUUCCCUUUAGAAAUUGUACUAAUCGAAUGACUUAGUGGGGGGCAGGGGGAGGCUGACCCCUUUAAAUAUUGACCCCCACCCCCUCCUACUAUCUUCUAACCCCCCACAUCAGAGACCCCCAACUCAACCCUUUUAUCUCAGUCUGUUUAUUUUUUUUCUGAUUAUUAUUUUUUUUUUUUCUUCCUUCUUCUUCUUCUUCUUCUUCUUCUUCUUCUUCUUCUUCUUCUUCUUCUUCUUCUUCUUCUUUUGUGUGUUUUCUUCUAUUUUCUCUCCUAUCUCCCUUUCUCUUAUUAUUAUUUUCAUUGAUUUUUCUCUCUGUGUGUUUAUCCUUCUUGUUUGUUUGUUUGUUUGUUUGUUUGUUUGUUUGUUUUGGUGUUAUUUCCUCUUCUUCUUCUUCUUCUUCUUCUUCUUCUUCUUCUUCUUCUUCUUCUUCUUCUUCUUCUUCUUCUUCUUCAUAAUGUUAAUCUAUGUUCUUUCCAAUUCCUCCUCCUCCUCCUCCUCCUCCUCCUCCUCCUCCUCCUCCUCCUCCUCCUCCUCCUCCUCCUCCUCCUCCUCCUCCUCCUCCUCCUCAUCUUGUAUAAAGAAAAUAAUUGGGGAAAAUAUUUGAGAUUUGGUAGAAUUUUCCUCCAACCCCUUCUCACCCCAGAGAGAGAGAGAGAGAGAGAGAGAGAGAGAGAGAGAGAGAGAGAGAGAGAGAGAGAGAGAGAGAGAGAGAGAGAGAGUUAAAUGAGAGUUAAAUGGACAAAGAUGAGAGAGAGAGAGAGAGAGAGAGAGAGAGAGAGAGAGAGAGAGAGAGAGAGAGAGAGAGAGAGAGAGAGAGAGAGAAUUAAAGAAAAAUCUCUCGUAUUUUAGACAAUCUUACUACAGAAUUAGAGAGAGAGAGAGAGAGAGAGAGAGAGAGAGAGAGAGAGAGAGAGAGAGAGAGAGAGAGAGAGAGAGAGAGAGAGAAUGACUUUUAUUUGAUAUAUUUAUGUGUGUGUGUGUGUGUGUGUGUGUGUGUGUGUGUGUGUCAGUAUACGUACAUAAACUCAUGUGUACCUUUAUAUAAACUUACAUGUACGGAAUUUUCCAUGUACGUGUCCUCAUGUGUACCAAAAUCCGUGUGCGUCAGGCCAUGUGCGCCUCCAUAUCAUCCUCAUGUGCGUGUGUGUACGUAUUGGGGAGCAUGUACACCAAUUAUCAGUCCCAUGUACGUAUUUUCAGGGGCUGUGUGCGCCAUUUAUAUAGAUCAUGUACGUUAGGUUAGCAGUCAUGUGUACCAGUGCAGGGAAUCUGUGUACGUUUCCGAGACUCAUGUACGUAUUUGAAAAACCGUUCAUGUGUGCGUGCAGAAAAACGAUCAUAUGUGUACGUAUUCAAAAACAGUCAUGAAAGUUUACGAGGCUCAUGUACGUACGGGAAAAACAGUCAUAUGUGCGUAUUAAGAGCUGUGUGUACAUAUCCAGCUCAUGUACGUAUUGAAAAACGGUCACAUGUGCGUAUUAGAGCCGUAUGUACACAUUAAAAACACUCAUGUGAACGUAUCGGAGCUGUGUGUACGUUUCAGCUCUCAUGUACGUAUUGAAAAGCCAUGUGUACGUAUGUGUACCUCUGAAGGGCUACGAGUGUGUGUGUGUGCGUGUGUGCGUGAGGAGGGAGUGAGGGGGAGGGGAGGGGAGGGGGGUUCAGUUUUUAAGUCUAUACAAUUAACUAAUGGAAAAAAAGUUAUUAAAACCUUUUUUGUACUAAUAAAGGUUAAAAUAUUA